CAGUGAUUGAAUGAUAUAACUUCUUGGUGUGACACUAGUUGUCACAAACGUUAUUCAGCGACUAGUUGUCAAGCAUAUCUUACAGUUCUUAUGAAACAGUAGUGUCCCAACUGUGUCAUUAUCAAACAUAGUCUUAGGCUUAGUACGUUUCAAACGUGUUGGAUUAUCCAAAAAUUAUACAAUUCCGUGCUUGUUACGCCAGUGCGCUUAUGAAAGCAUAGGACUAAUCAGACUUCAGUAGUAACAGACAACGCCAAGGCCUAAUCUACUCAAACACAAAACAGUACACACACCAUCAUGGAAUUUUUGUCAGCUCUGCAAAAGGCUGUCCAAAUGGGACUCACAAAAGAAGAGUUUAUUCCGUUAUGGAACCACGAAAUGAAACAAAGAGUAUCAAACAGUCAGGGAGGAGUUCCAGUACACCAUGUGGAGGUAGGUCAUUUAAAUGCAAAAAAAAAAAUGGAGAUCAGAUGGAGUUUUUAGAUCUGAUAAAUGACAACUCCUGAUUUGCCGAUAUGUUCAACUUUCAUUUUAUUAUUAUUGGUUGUCCGCACGUGUAGAAGACCAAGAGUUUGAGGAGUAGCUUUGACUUGGGCUGCAUUGUGUUUGAAGUGAGGGAGAGUUGCUCUAUUUGAUGGCCUUGCAAGACUUAACCAAGACGACUGGAAAUAGACCAGGAUGCUGUACAUAAAUGACCAGCAGUGUGUGUGUGUGUGUGUCUUCGGGACUCCAUCUCCUGGUUUGAAUUCAGAGUUUGCUUUCUCUUUGAUGAGUUGCCACAAAAACGAGUCAUCAUCCACCCAGGGUGCUGGUGAAGUUUUUGCUGUGGGUAUUGAGUUUAAGUCCACUAUAUAAGCUUGGGCUUGGGAUUGGCUCAGUGUAGACUGUUCGGCCACCCAACACCUACUAUAAUAUAAUGUAGAGAAGAUGCAAGAAUGUAUUUAAACUAAACAAUAAUUUAAAUACAUUAUUGCUGUUAUAUGCAUAUGAAAAAAAAAAAAAGAUCUACAUGACUAUAUAUUUAGAAUUCAAAAUAUUAUCUUUGGGCUAUAUUUCAUAAAAGGAACUUCAUGUAUAAAAUUUGUCGGUUUCAAUGGUUAAUUAGUUUAAAUAUAUGAGUUAUUUACAGUAUGUUUCAUUACAAAAAAAGAUUUUCUUUUCUCUUUUCUUAACAGGAACGUGGCUUUGAUGGACGCAUUUCGACCACUAUCGUGGACGGUGUUGUGAGAGAGAUUCAGGGAUUGAAGCAUGAGAGUUUCAAGUUGGAAGAAGCUGCGAGUGAUCUUAGAAAGGCCGCGUUCAAUAUCAGCACGGAGGCAGAGGAGACGUUGACUCACGCUCUUCAGGAACUUGUCAACAGCACACAGGAGCGGUUACACGCUUUUAGGCUUGACGUCAAACGUUGUAAUCAACACGUUUAUGACACGCUGGGGGCCGCUCUCCUAAAGUUUGAGAACAGCCUAAGAGGCGACAUUGAGCAGUUGACUGGUGUGUGUGAGGCUAGACAAGACCUCGAACAAUUAACAAUCCAUGAUGAUAAACACUUUAAGGAUCUCUUUGGUGCAAGGGUUGUCGCGCCACAAUCCACCCACCCAAGAGAAGCAAGUGUGUCGUUAAAACAAUCAACCCCUGUAAGUGAAGCGAGGGUUGAAAAAACAUAUUCGACCAAUCCGAUUGCACGUGAGACUGAGCAUGUGGGUGAUCAAGGGUUAACGAGAACUGGGGCGACCAUUGAGAAAGCGACAACAAUUUCAAAACGAGACAAUAUGGGGAUCCAAUCAGACGCCAGAACACAAGAAGAUGAGCAAGAAACUGAGGAGAAUCUACCAGCACCCAAUGACACGCCACUCAACGAUCACCAGAAAUGGAUGCUGAGGGAAAAUAUGAUGAAGAGAGAAUUUGAAAGGUUUGGGCAUGAAUCAUCAGAACUGUCAAGCCCAAGGAAUUACACGUCCGAUGGCGGUCACUUGGUUUAUUAUCCAGCCUGGAAUCCAGGGGGUAUAAUGGAAACAGGCAACGAUUUCUAUACAUUUUCAGAUCCCGUGUUUGUAAAGGAAGCUCCCAUUGAGAUCAAACUAGUAUUGCAUUUUAGCUAUGGAAAGUUUAAGGUGAGCAUGUGGUAUAAGUCCCUAGAGUUGAACUCUUUCAAAACAGCCAGGCGAUUCCGAGGCUCCGGGAAAAUAGAAAACAGAAACAGUGGCGUCUAUUCGGAACUGUUUACAAUGUAUAAAGGAGGCUUCAAAAGUUUGACAAAAAAUGAAACGGGACAAAUAGAUGCUGAGGUAUGUUUGAAAACAUCACGAGGAUCUUAUGAUGAUGUAACAAUAGAAACAUUGGAGAACAGAAACUACACCACUCUUAAUAUGAUGUUCAUCAGUUGGUCUAUUUCGUUUGAAGAAGAAUAACAGAAGUGUAAAUAAUUAUUUUACCGAUCGCAUAGCCAUAUUAGCAAAUGCGUUUUAUCAUAGCUUAUAUUUUUUAAAAGAAAUUUGAGUUUUUUUAGGGAAAGAUGUCUUAUUUUUAGAUUAGUGAAACAACCCGUUAGAAAUGUUUUAAGUUGCAUUAUAUGCAUAGCCUAACAUGUUGUAGCCAGAUCUAUUAUAAAACUAAUAAUGUAGAUUAAUGUAUUUUGUUGUGGGUUUUUUCCCCCGCAUAAACUCCAUUUGUAAAAAUCCUAAAAUUGACCUCAGAAAAAUACUUCUAUGAUCUAAGAGAUAUUAACAGGAAUACCCAUGAAAGUUAGUGCACUUUUGGACCGUAUCUGGAAAUUUGUUUGAAAGAAUUUCCGUGGACGGAAAAUUGAUCGACGGAAGUUUGAUUGAACGGAAAUUUGAUCGAAGGGAAGUUUGCUCGAUCGGAAGUUUGGUCAAAUUUUUUUUUUCCAAUUCACGCAACCUAAUUUUGCGUCAAUUUUUUUUUGAACGCAUUAUUUUGUUUUACUAUAUAUUAUAUAUAUAUCGUUUUGCACUAGAUUUCCGAAAACCACCAGCCAUUUGGAUAUUAGUCAUUAGAUCAAAUUUACGAUUGUGAUCUAUAAAUACUGUCCCGGAUAAGAAAUGGGAACUGCUACUAAAUACAGGUGCCAAUUAUCUUACGACGGGUUCGUGGGUUAUUUAACCCCCCCCCCCUCAAAGCACCAUCCCCCACACGCACACACACAUACACGGUCUUACAUAAGCCAUGGCCUCUAAGAUCAACUCCAUUCCUCCUUUCCACAAGAAGCUAUAUUAUGCAGACUGUACGUUGAAAGGAACGUUAAAGUUUUUCAGACCGCCGUGCUAUUGCCAUUAAUCCACGAAGCGUUCAUGCGUGCAGCAGCUCACGGCAGACCAUAGGGCAAUAACAUCGCAGAGUGCCCCGUGAGGUAAUAACGUAGCAGAGUGCCCAGUGAGGCGACUGGACACAUUACCUCGGCGAGUAUCCCGUUACUGGCCACCACGUCUGCUGGGAGGCAUCCGGCCAUCUUACGUGACCUCUCAAAGCCAGAAUGUUGAGUGUAUGAAUGUUAUGAUAGCUGCUGACAAGGGGAGUUCAAAGGCCGAAGGUCGGGUCAUAAAAUGUGUGCGCGAAGCUGAGUAAGUCAUGGACAAACAGUGGCUCCGUGUUAAGUUGUGGCUGCUGUCUCUGUUUCUAUGAUUAUAGUCUUUAUGUUACAAUGAUAUGGGGGACAGUGUGAACGUGUGGAGAUUGUAGUUUCGUUUAACCAACUUCAAAUCCGCCACGUGUAGUGACGUUGUUAAGUCGAGAAUGAAAAAUUGCGCCAUUUGCGAAACUCUGGACAUUCAUAAACUGUUGUAUACAAUGUUUAACAUAAUAUGUCAACUGCCCAUUGAUUGUAACUCCAGUCUUUAUUUAACGAAAUAUUAAUGCGUAGCUUUUCAAGUUUUCAGCUAAAAGCUUUUAUUUAAUAAAUAAAAUGACUACAUAUUUAUUUAAAUUUAUAUUUCCUCUUAAGAGACUUAAUUUAGCUGACUUAAUUUAGUUGACUUAAUUUAAUGGUGUUUGUUUUAUUAAAAUAUCGUAACGCGACAAUAUCUCGCAAGAAUUGCAAUAGCAUUUAAGGCGUUGUGCAAAAUAUAAAUAUUUAUAUGCUAACUAUAGCUAUGUUAACAUAUGGAACUACACAUUGAAAGUGUUUCGUGAUUACAAGUCUAACAAAUGUAGGCCUACAUGUUUAUUAUUAUAUGCCAUUUGUAUCAAUGUUGUUGUUUUUUAUUGAUUAUUUGAUAAAUAUAUUAACAUAUUUCCACAUCACUGCAUCGUGAAUGACCACCAGAUUGAGUUGAGUCUAAUUUUUAAUUACACGCCCCUAUGUAUCUUUAACUUAUUAAAAAAUAUUCUAAACUAAUCAGCAGAGAUCUAAAUUUACUACUCUGGUGCAAUAAAAUGAAGUAUUUUUAC